AUGCAGACUGCUUCUACAAAUAUUUGUGAAAGACUGUGCAAUAAGUCCAUCUGAGAAAUUUCCUGGCUACUAAAUAUUCCACGGUCAACUGUUAAUGGUAUUAUAACAAAGUGGAAGCAACUGGGAUCAACUGCAACUAAGCCACAAAAUGGUAGACCAUGGAAAAUGAUAGAGCGGGGUCAGCUCAUGCUGAAGCACACAGUGCCCAGAAGUCGCCGCCUAUCUGCAGAGUCAAUAGCGAAAGACCUCCAAACUUCAUGUGGCCUUCAGAUUAGCACAACAGUGAAUAGAGAGCUUCAUGGAAUGGGUUUCUAUGGACGAGCAGCUUCAUCCAAUCCUUACAUCACCAAGUGCAAUGCAAAGCGUCGGAUGCAGUGGUGUAAAGCAUGCCGCCACUGGACUCUA